UCUGUGAUAAUACUUUACUGUUCCUGUUUGUCGGAGUCAAAAGUUACUGCGGCCCUGUCUGUGGUCUAUAUUUAGCAUUUUAGCCGGGAACAUUUGCCGUUUAUUAGCUCUAGGGUUAUGUUACGUUUAUUUUGAACGCGUACACAUUAUGCUUUAGUAAAGUGAAUCGCCAUAAAUGAGGCAAACAGGUGAAUUUAGUAGGCCAGAGGUUUCAAAACAAGCUCGCCCGGGACAGAAAACUUCGAUAUUUUCAGCUUUUUUUCUUAGUCUUCUGUCUGGCAACAUUCAAGUAGCCAUUGACGUCAGACUUUGAACUGUGACCCGGAACCUGUACACCAGAGGUCCUCCAGGAUGGCUGGGCGAGGCUCUGACACGAUGGAGCAUGAUGGAGGGGAAACUAUAUCAGAUGUCAGUUUUCCCUUGGGAGAGGGUGUGUCUGGCCGCGGAAGAAGUACAAUCUCUAUGUCUGAUGAGGGAGAGGAGGCUUUCUAUGUGCCUGAGAGGAGACCCUCCCUGGACCUGGGAGAUGGCCUGAGACCCAUGGACACUACUCACUGGCAUGAUGUGGAAAGGGCUCAAUCCCCGGUCCACAGCUACAAUUCGGUAAACAGUGAUACACAAUUCUGGCCAUCUGAUGAACUGGAUGAAGAAACUGAGCUGUCUGCUACUAGAGUCCAGCUGGAAAGAACAGAGUCUUACUCCAGUGGCUACUCCGUGGACAGUGACUGUGAGACCAGAACCAGGAAGUCUCAAGACGCUGCACCUAAAGAAGAGGGUCCUGCAGUGGAACCUCCAAGACCAGAGCUGAUCAAAAACCCAGACGAGAAGAGGCACCCUGCCCUGACUGUAGACUUCACCUUCAAGGCCAUCAGGAAGACACUGGAGAAACUGGGGAAGGAUGAUUUGAGGAUAUUUAAGAUCACGCUGUGGAAGCGCUACCCAGAGUCAUUCAGCUCUCCUCCCCAGGGCAUGGACAUGGUGGACCUGGUGGAUAGACUACUGGAGUUUUAUGACCUAGAGGUGGCCCUGCAGCUCACCAAGGCCCUGCUGAAGGACAUGGGCCUCAAACGCCUGGAUGCCUACAUCACGGACCUCUGCAAGAAAAAUGAGGUGCGUUAUGAGCUGAGAGGCACUCUGUUGAGGAAGUAUAGCUGGAUGUGUGAGGGUGUUGCCCAGCAGGGAGAGCAUAAGGCCUUUGAAAGUAUCUUUAAUGAGCUCUAUAUAACAGACCGAGGCAAUGCUGGGCCCAACAUCGAGCACGAGGUCAGAAAGAUCGACAAGCUGUCCACCAAUCGCAAGGAAGAGAAGCGGAUCACCUGUAGCCAGAUCUUUGACCCCGAUGUGAUUUAUGAGAAGCAUGUGAGUCAUAUAGUGACCAACGGCAUCGCCGGGGUAGGGAAGUCUAUGGCCGUACAGAAGUUCAUCAUGGACUGGGCAGAGGAGCGCAAGCACAAUCAUGUCUACUUCCUGUUCCCACUGCCCUUCAAAGAGCUCAACCUCAUGCUGAAACUGAAGAUUAGCCUCCUGGAGAUCGUCCACACUCUCUACCCCGAGACCAAGGCGUUGCCCACCUUCGAGUGUGACGAAGGCAAGGUCAUGUUCAUCUGUGACGGGCUGGACGAGUAUGCACAUUCCCUGGACUUCCACCGCACCGAGACUUGGUGUGACAGCACUGAACCAGCCGCCAUGCACGUGGUGGUAACCAACCUGAUUAGGGGCAACCUGCUCCCCUCGUCUCUCCUCUGGAUCAUCUCUCGCCCCCUCACCUCCAGUCGGCUGCCCGCAGAGUCUGUGCACCAGGUGUUGGAGGUCCGUGGCUUCACCAACGAACAGAAGGAAGAGUACUUCAGAAGGAGGUUUCAGGACCCGGCGCAGGCCGAUAAGGUGAUUGCCCACCUGACCUCCUGCAAGACCCUCCACAUCAUGUGCCAUCUGCCCAUGUUCUGCUGUGUGGUGCGGGAGGUUUUCCAGCAAACGUUUAGGGAGAAGGGGCCGGAUGCAGAGCUGCCCAAAGGGCUGACCCUGAUGUACACUCGCCUGCUGCUGGUGCACCUGCAUGUGCGUGGUGCCAGGGGCUCAGCCUCCCGCACCCCGGAAGAGGAGAGGGACUUCCUGAUGAACCUGGGCAAACUAGCCUUUACAAUGCUGGAGAAAAACCAGAUGGUCAUUGGCAAGGCCACCUGGAAGGACUGCGGCGUGGAUGUCGCUGAGGCUGUCACCAAUAGUGGCCUGUGCAUUGAGUUCCUGAUUGAGCAGUUUGUCAUGUACCAGGAGAGGAUCCAGACCUUCAUCCACCCCACCAUCCAAGAAUACCUGGCUGCCCUCUACGUGUUCCUCACCUGGAGGUGUACGGGGCAGAACGUCCUGCAGCAGCCACGGAAUAGCAAGUUCUCACGCAUAUUCAAGGACCCCGGGCUGCUGGACAUGCACCGCAGUGCUAUAGAGAGAAGCUUACAGAGCCCCGAUGGAAACCUGGAUGUCUUCCUGCGCUUCCUGUUGGGCAUGGCACAGACAGCCAAUCAGGAGCUGCUACAACGCUUCCUACCCGAUAAUAACAAAUGCUCGUCAGCCUCUGAGGAGACGGCCGCCAUUAUCAGGAAGAAGAUUAAAGAGAACCACUACCCUGACAGGAACGCCAACCUGCAGUGCUGCCUGGACGAGCUUGGUGUUGGGGCUGAAGCUCCCAGACGCAGCCGCUCAAACUCUGUGAAGAACCAAUGACUGACAAUACUCUGACUACAGUAUUUAUAAAGAUGUAUAUAUUAGGUUUGAAAUAUGGGUUGUAUAGUUAGACAAACUUUUAUAAGGGAAUUGGGGAAGAAAGAUAUGGAUACUUCAGGGUUGCUUUGUAACAAUACUCAACUGUGGUAGUAUUGUGGAAAUAUGUCAUGAGAAGUAGCCACAAGGUGGCAGUAGCAUUACACUACUAUACUACUGAGACACAGAAGAGUGAAAGGGAUGUGUGACAAAUUACAUAUUCAUAGGCAGUCACAUGUAUUGACUGUAUACUUAAUAUAACAUUGUGAUGAUGUUUUAAACCAGGUAUGUGCAACUGAUGGGGGUGGGGGGUCACAAAAUCCUAACUCACG